CAGAAGUCUGUUCUUCCGGUGAUGUGUUGUCUGACGCCGGGUCUUUGAAGGUGUGGGCUGUCAAAGCUGUUGUUACGACGUUGGAUCGUUAUUCGUAUUUUUUUUGUAAAAAUACAUCCAUGGUCGCCAAGCUGUCUCUCAUACGACGGUAUGCCAUUCUCGGUUUUAUUAUCGUCGGAUAUAUUAUCUUUCAAUUCACACGCCAACACCCAGAUGUGGGGAGAAUGAGCCAGAAAGAGGGACUGAGGGCCAACUCCUCUCAGUUCACUCUGGAGGGAGAGCCCUUUCGCAUCUUGGGGGGCUCUAUCCACUAUUUCCGCGUCCCCAGAGCCUACUGGGAGGACCGCCUGCUGAAGAUGAGGGCAUGUGGGGUCAACACUCUCACCACAUAUGUGCCAUGGAACCUGCAUGAGCCAGAGAGAGGGGUUUUCAACUUCCAGGACCAAUUGGAUUUAAAGGCGUACAUCAGCCUAGCAGCAGAGUUGGGGCUCUGGGUGAUUCUGCGGCCAGGACCCUACAUCUGUGCUGAGUGGGACUUAGGAGGGCUGCCUAGUUGGUUGCUGCGUGAUCCAGACAUGAAGUUGAGAACAACCUACCCAGGUUUCACAGAAGCUGUUGACUCUUUCUUUGAUCAACUCAUUCCAAGAGUUGCACCGUAUCAGUACUCCAAGGGGGGCCCAAUUAUAGCAGUUCAAGUGGAGAACAAGUAUGGCUCUUAUGCAAAAGACGUAGAAUAUAUGCCAUACAUAAAGGAGGCAUUAUUAUCCAGGGGGAUCGAGGAGCUGCUCCUGACCUCAGACAACCAGGAUGGGCGGAACCUCGGGGGUGUGAAUGGAGUUCUAGAAACCAUCAAUUUUCAGAAACUGAGCCCAGAGGGAUUUAAGUAUCUGGAUGCAAUUCAACCCCAGAAGCCCAAGAUGGUGAUGGAGUAUUGGUCUGGGUGGUUUGACCUCUGGGGUGAUCUUCAUCAUGUUUUUGCUGCUGAGGACAUGGUUGCUAUUGUGACGGAAAUCCUGAAACAGGAUGCAUCAAUCAAUCUCUACAUGUUCCACGGAGGAACUAAUUUUGGCUUCAUGAACGGGGCUUUUGCAAUUGCCACGCCCAUGCCUAAGCCAAUGGUAACAAGCUAUGAUUACGAUGCUCCGUUAUCUGAGGCAGGGGAUUACACCACCAAGUACACUCUUCUGAGGAAUGUAUUGAGCCGCUAUCACAGUGAGAAGCUUCCUGAGGUUCCCUCCCUCCAGGCCAGGAGAGUGUAUGAGCCUGUCAUCAUUCAGAAGCAUCUGUCACUGUGGGAGAGCCUGCAGUUUACUGAGAAGCCCUUGAAGUCAGAGAAACCAGUCAACAUGGAGAACCUUCCUGUCAACAAUAACAAUGGUCAGUCUAACGGCUACACUCUGUAUGAGACCAUAAUCCACAGCGGAGGCCUUCUGAGCUCCAUGAACAAUGUUAGAGACAGAGCCCUGGUGUUUGUGGACAAACUCUUUGUUGGUGUACUGGACUAUAAGAUGCUGGAGUGUGCUCUGCCUGAUGGAAAGGGGGAGAGAACAUUGAGUUUACUCGUGGAGAACUCUGGGAGACUGAACUAUGGUAAACUCCUAGAUGAACAGCGUAAAGGUCUUGUCGGAGACAUUGAGUUGAACAAUACCCCGCUACGAGACUUUAUCAUUCAUAGUCUAGAUAUGAAGCCUGGCUUUGUAAAUAGACUGAGUGCAUCAGGCCAGUGGAACUCUGUUUUCCAGAAGCCUUCCUUCCCAGGGUUUUUCCACGGCAAGCUAUAUGUGGGUGACCAUCCCAGAGACACCUUCAUCAGGCUGCCUGGUUGGAGUAAAGGAGUGGUCUUUAUCAACGGGCAAAAUCUUGGACGCCACUGGUCCAUGGGGCCCCAGCAAACUCUCUACCUCCCCGCCCCCUGGCUUAACCGAGGAAACAACCAGGUUGUUGUCUUUGAGGAGCAGGAAACUGAUGGUAAAAUCCAAUUUGCCAGCGAGCCUGACCUUGGAAUGACUGUUGACGUACAGUGAGGAUGGCCUGGUAGAAUGGAGGUAUGGUUAGGAGUUCCAUCCUCUCACAUUUCCACACUCUGCCUGCCAUCAGGGACCUAGCUGGAUAGCUACUCAGAAUCGAUUCACAUCACUGCACAUGGCAUUUAUUUCCUGUUGGGAAGCCCCAGCCUCUGAAUGAUCCAGACUAAUUAAGCAUCCUACUUGAUCUUGCAAACGUAACUGUGCCUUCAUUAUAUUCGAUGGGCCACGGCAAUAUCUGGAUUGCAAUGUACUGCAAUAUCUGGAUUGUACUUGUUGUUUGUGUAUUACCUCUUCAUACUGUAUGUCUAUUGUGAGAAUUUUGUCAGAGGAUACUAAUUUGGAGAUUUCAGGUAUUUUAAUGUAUAGGUGUUUGUUCGGAUUCAAGGACACGUACUUUCACUAUGUCAUUGUAUUUUAUUUGAUUGGACAGCAAAUACAUAGAUUGUGCUUUUGAGAUGAACCAGUGACAUGUGAUGGUGAAUUAAACUGAACGAUCAGUGCAGUGGAGACUCUCAAAUACAAAGACAUUCGCCAAGUA